UAUAAAUAUAGAGGAUAAGUCCCUGUAAAGAAUUUAUUUUCAAUAUCUCCAGGCCAAUAUAAAUAAAUUAACAAAAUGCCAGCUUACACUAAAAUUGACGUCAACGACGAAGAAAAGUUUUACCAAGACCAAGUAAAGGAAAUCAGCCAAUGGUGGACUGAUUCUCGUUGGGCUAAGACCAAGAGAAUCUAUCAACCAGAAGAUAUUGCUAAGAAGAGAGGUACCGUUAAGAUUGACUACCCUUCUUCUAACCAAGCUAAGAAGAUGUACAAGCUUUUGCAAGAACAUGACAAGAACAAGACUGCUUCAUUCACCUUUGGUGCUCUUGACCCAAUCCAUGUUUCCCAAAUGGCUAAGUACUUAGACUCUAUCUAUGUUUCUGGAUGGCAAUGUUCUUCCACUGCUUCCACUUCUAAUGAACCAUCUCCAGAUUUGGCUGAUUACCCUAUGGAUACCGUUCCUAACAAGGUUGAACACUUGUGGUUUGCUCAACUUUUCCACGACAGAAAGCAAAGAGAAGACAGAUUAGGUAUGACAAAGGAACAAAGAGCCAAGACUCCAUACAUUGACUUUUUGAGACCAAUCAUUGCUGAUGCUGACACCGGUCACGGUGGUAUUACUGCCAUCAUUAAGUUGACCAAGUUGUUUGUUGAAAGAGGUGCCGCUGGUAUUCAUAUUGAAGAUCAAGCUCCAGGUACCAAGAAGUGUGGACACAUGGCUGGUAAGGUUUUGGUCCCAGUUCAAGAACAUAUCAACAGAUUGGUUGCCAUUAGAGCUUCUGCUGACAUUUUGGGUUCUGAUUUAUUGUGUGUUGCCAGAACUGACUCUGAAGCCGCUACCUUAAUUACCUCCACCAUUGAUCACAGAGAUCACUACUUCGUUCUUGGUGCUACAAACCCAGAAGCCGGUGACUUGGCCACUUUGAUGUCCGAAGCUGAAGCCAAGGGUAUCUACGGUGACAAAUUGGCACAAAUCGAAGUUGAAUGGACCAAGAAGGCUGGCUUGAAGUUGUUCCAUGAAGCAGUUAUUGACGAAAUUAAGUCUGGUAACUACUCUAAUAAGGAUGCUUUAAUCAAGAAGUUUACUGACAAGGUUAACCCACUUUCAUUGGCCUCCAACAAGGAAGCAAGAAAGUUGGCUAAGGAAUUAUUGGGUAAAGAAGUUUUCUUUGACUGGGAAGUUUCUAGAGCUAGAGAAGGUUACUACAGAUACCAAGGUGGUACUCAAUGUGCUGUUAUGAGAGGUAGAGCUUUUGCUCCAUAUGCCGACAUGAUUUGGAUGGAAUCUGCUUUACCAGACUACAACCAAGCUAAGGAAUUCGCUGAAGGUGUUAAGGCUAAAUACCCAGAUCAAUGGUUGGCCUACAACUUGUCUCCAUCUUUCAACUGGAACAAGGCUAUGCCAGCUGAUGAACAAGAGACUUACAUCAAGAGAUUGGGUAAGUUGGGUUACGUCUGGCAAUUCAUUACUUUGGCUGGUUUGCACACCACCGCUUUGGCUGUUGACAACUUCUCCAAGAACUACUCUGAAAUUGGUAUGAAGGCUUACGGUCAAUCUAUUCAAGAUAAGGAAAUUGAACUGGGUGUUGAAGUUGUUAAGCAUCAAAAAUGGUCUGGUGCCGAAUAUAUUGACGGAUUGUUGAAGAUGGUAACCGGUGGUGUUUCUUCCACUGCUGCCAUGGGUGCUGGUGUCACCGAAGACCAAUUCAAGGACAAAUAAGCUUCUGGUAAGUUUUUCCUAUGAAAGUUAUUUAUUUUAGCGCAAGUAGUCAAUUUGAAAAUGAUAUGAAUAUUACAGGA